ACAUUGUAACACUGGAAACCACAUGGGGAAACGGUUGUCAGAAGAAACAUGACAAAAAAAUUUUUUUUUGUUAGUUUGUUCCCAGUGUUUGCCCUCCUCAUGCACGGUGUUUCUGAUGUUGAGAAAGUGUCGGUGUCAGUGACGGAGGAAGAUUCAGUCACUCUAAACACUGGUGUUACAGCAAACCAGCAAGAGAAGAUUAGAUGGUAUUAUAAUGACAUUCGCAUCGCUGAAAUCACUGGAGAUCUCAGUAAGAUCUGUACAGAUGUUCAGUGUAAUGAAGGCACUGAGAGAUUCAGAGACAGACUGAAGCUGGAUCAUCAGACUGGAUCUCUGACCAUCAUGAACACCAGCACCGCAGAUGCUGGAGCUUAUCAUCGAGAGAUCAUCAGAAACAGCACAAUCUGUGAAAAGAUCUUCAUUAUUGCUGUUCAUGGUGUUUCUGCUGCUGAACGAGAUAAAGUGAAGAGAAAGACAGUAAAGGAUGGAGAAUCUGUCACUUUAUACACUGGUGUAAUAAAAAACCCAAGUGAUGUGAUGAUGUGGUAUUAUAAUGACACUCUCAUCGCUGAAAUCUCUGGAGAUCAGAGUCAGAUCUGUACAGAUGAUCAGUGUGAAGAGAGAUUCAGAGAAAGACUGGAGCUGGAUCAUCAGACUGGAUCUCUGACCAUCACACACACCACAAACACACACUCUGGAGAAUAUACACUACAGAUCAAUAACAGCAGAUUCAGCAUCACUAAGAUCUUCAGUGUUUUUGCCAACGAUUCACAUGUAGAAACUCCACUGCAUCUUCGUUCAGGUGUCAGAAUUAUAGAAAUAUGUAGUUAUGUAUUCCUGGCACUGCUGGUCGUGACUUUAGCCGCAUGCCUGUUUUACUAUCUUUAUAGGAACCGCAAUCAAAACAGACAAAAGUAUCGAGUGGGGAUAGAUUUGAAGAUUGAGGGACAGUCUGUCUUUCUACACACUGGUAUUAAAAUACAGAAAGGUGAUCACGUGAAGUGGAUGUUUGGAGAUAAAAACUUUCUCAUAGCUGAAAUCACAGAAGAGACACAGAAGAGAAGAGAGUUCAAUCUAUAUGAUGAUGCUGCAGAUGAGAAUUUCUUAGACAGACUGGAGCUGAACAAGAAGACUGGAUCUCUGAUCAUCAGGAAUAGCAGAGACACCGACUCGGGAGAAUAUAAACUACGAAUCACCAGAAAUGGAAAAUCCUCAACCAAGAGAUUCAGUGUUACCGUCUCUUGCUCUUCUGAACCCAUAGUAAUUCUAUCUGAUCAAAUUGAGUUCCCUGAAAUCAAAGUGCAACCACUUCAGUAUGUAUGAAUCCACCAUGUAUGUAUACCUUUGGAUGAAGCUCUAUGUUUAAUAACUUGUGUGCUCACACUGAUUUAUAGAUCAACCCUAAAUCUUCUUUAUUAUAAUCCAAGUAUUUGCACAGUGUGUGAUUUAGGGCUGAACAUAUUAACCUGAAUGUCACAUGUUUGAGUAUGUCACUUGUUCUUCUCCAAAUAUUAGUUUAGACAUACAGUAUUAAAAGUGUGUUUAACAGACGCGUGAUUUAAAACCACAUUUAGCCUGCAUCUUUCUCUGCCUGAAUCUGAUGUGAAAGUUUUUUUUCUUUGCAGAAGUUAUCUGCAAGUUUGAGUUUGUAUUUUAUUUUCUGUUUGAUUUUUAUUUAACACAGUCGUCUUGGGAUGAGACUGCGCUGUUUUAUUUCAAUCUCAGUGCCUUGGUUUUUCAUGAUACCAUGUUGAAGAUAUAAUGACUAUAUAAAGUUAUCUUUAUCUUUCCACUCCUUUCACAUUGUUUAAUUAUUGAUGAUAUGCCUGUUGCCCCCCUUUCCUGUCUGUCUGUUUGUUUGAGUGGAUGUUAUUUUAUUUCUAAAGUCAAUAAGGAGUUGAUCACAUAAAAAAAAAAAAAUUGAACCAGGAGAAGUGGCUGGUAUUAUCCUAUGAAAUUAG